AUGGUCGGAUCAAAAGGCCUACGGGCUAAUCCAGACAAAAUCGAUGCUGUUCUUACAAUGAAGGCUCCGAUGACGGUUAAAGAAAUUCAAUCUUUAAACGGGCGAUUAGCUGCUCUCCAUCGGUUCUUAUCAAAAGCAGCAGACAGAUCUCUCCCGUUCAUGGACAUGCUCAGAAAAAGCUUUAAAUCGGAGUUCAAAUGGACUGAGGAAGCCGCACGAGCUUUCGAAGAGCUCAAAACAUGCCUCGGUAGUUUACCAACGCUCACUGUACCAGAAAAAGAUGAAGUACUGACCGUUUACCUGGCCGCGUCACAUGGAGCCAUUAAUGCUGUACUAGUUGCUCACCGAACCGGGAAGCAAAUCCCCAUUUAUUACGUAAGCCGAACGUUAAAAGAUUACGAAACAAGAUACUCAAACUUGGAAAAAUUAGCUCUGGCACUAGUCCAUGCUUCAAGAAGACUUCGCCGAUACUUUCAGGCCCAUCCAAUCGAGGUACGAACAGACCAGAGAAUCCAGCACGUUCUUCGACGACCUGAAGUUUCGGGUCGAAUGGCAAAAUGGGCGAUUGAAUUGGGCGCAUUCAACAUCACCUUCCGAACUAAGGGUCCGUUGAAAGGACAGGUAAUAGCGGAUUUCUUAGUUGAAAUUCCGGAAGACAAAGAAACGGAAGAAGUCGAAAAAGCUCCAGAAAAGCCGUGGUCCCUAUAUACCGACGGAGCUUCUAGUGCCGAAGGAGCAGGGGCAGGUUUAAUCCUCACCGAUCCGGAGGGCACAGAUAUGACAUACGCGCUCCGAUUAGAAUUCAAGAGCUCCAAUAAUGAAGCCGAGUACGAGGCUUUACUAGCAGGUCUACGAUUGGCGGUAAAGGUCGGUGCAAGAGACGUCGUAGCCCAUGUAGACUCGUUGCUCGUAGCGAAUCAGGUGAACGGAGAGUACGAAGCAAGGGAAGCUAACAUGAUCGAGUAUCUUGAACAGGUAAGGCAAGUUAUGGCGUUGUUUAAUUCUUGUAAAGUGGAGCACGUCACUCAUAGCAAAAACAAGAAGGCCGAUGCACUGAGCAAAUUAGCAUCCGUGUCGUUUAGUCACCUAGCCAAAGAAGUACGAGUAGAGGUAUUGACUGCACCAUCGAUUUCUGCUCCUCACGUUAUGCAAGUAGAAGCUCCGGCACAGACAUGGAUGACGCCCCUAAUUAACUACUUGGUACACGAUGUUUUGCCAGUCGAUAAGGCCGAAGCAAGGAAAAUCCUGAUCAAUUCUCUCCAGUAUCAGAUGCAGGAAGGAGGCUUAUACCGAAAGACUUUUCUCGGACCACUGCUAAAGUGUCUGGACCCGGAGCAAGCUAGUUAUAUUAUCAGGGAAAUACACUACGGCAUCUGUGGUAUCCAUGCCAGACCUAAGAUGAUUGUGACGAAAGUCAAAAACGCAGGGUAUUACUUGCCCGGGAUGCAUGAAAGCGCCGUAAAAGAGCUCCAACAGUGUGACGAGUGCCAAAAGCACGCACCAAUCAGCCUCCGAGCCAAAUUGAAAUGA